AUGGAUGACCAGCGGGGUUCCAGAACUGCUCCCUUCUACGCAGUGCCAUCCCGUCGCCUCGUCAGCGUUGAGCACCCUGCCGUGAUCCGCAAUGUCGAUAAGGCGAUCGAGACCUUACAGGGCGACGCCGGAAUAAAAACAAUCCUUAAUCCGGAGAAAGAUGACACACUAGCUAAUCUGGUGUUCCGGCCAGAAGAUGCCAUGGCUCGAUCGGUCCAGUCAACCAUCGUUCAAUCAAACAAUGUUCUGCUCAAAGUCACUGUCCCCAAGCGGACAGGACGGAAGCGCAAGAGAGGCUCGAAUGAGCCUUUCGCAGAUGCACCAGAGUCAGAAGCAUCUGAGCCGCCCCCGCGACGGAUCGCUAAGGAUCUCUUGCGCAGUUUGAGUGAUAACCCUGCCAAGUAUCAGAUCGAGCCAGUUGGGAGGGUUGAACGGACACAUGUGUUCCGAGGAAUCCCUGAUUUCGUUUACUCGACUACAGCGAGUCCCUUUACGAACCGGUUCCGAGACCAAAUUCUCCCAUUUGACUUCGACAAAAUGAAGCAAUUUGACAUCGACAUGGCCAAAGGUGCCACCGCGAAUGCAGAUCUCAUCCCACCACCAUCAUUCAGCCAUGGAGACGUCCCAUUCCACUACAUCUACCGCCAAAACCCAACAGUGAAACAAGCAAUCGGCCGGUCCGGCGAACUAGAAACCGUGAACACCCAAACCGCCAACAAAAUCCUAACCCACCUAGUCCCCUACGACAUCCCCGUCGUCCCAUCCGAGCCACGGCCAGACAUGCUCCCAAUAAGCGCACUAGACGCAGGCAUGCUGCGAACAAUCUCGACCCUAAAUGCCCUGUACGAAAAACAACCCGCCUGGACCCGUCGCGGACUCCGCAACAACCUCAAAACAGACGAAGACCGCCUAAACCUCCGCCAUGCAAUUCCAUACGUAGGCUACAUCUUCCGCUCUGGACCAUGGCGCGACGCAAUCAUCAAACUCGGCGUCGACCCACGCACCUCACCAGAAUACCGCUACUACCAAACCUUCAUGUUCCGCCUCCUAGCACGAGAAGCCGAACUCGCACGCGACGGAGGCGGCGGUCGACGGCACAACGUCCCACGACCUAGCGACAUUCGGACAAACGAAGAUGAAAACACCAGCGGACCGUCAACAGGCCAUAUUUUCACCGGCAAGCAACCAUUCGCACAAGACGGACGGAUCUGGAUGGUUGGGGAGAUUGAGGACGCACAGCUGAAAGCCGAUUUAUUCCCCGCCGAUCCGGGACCUGGAUUCCUGCGCAGCGAAUGCGACAUCGUUACCGAUGGAUGGUUUGGGAAUGGCACACUUGCGAAAGCAAAGGCUGUUAUGCGGCAUAAGAUCCAGGCAUUGAUGGAAGGACGGGAGCCUGAUGAUGAGGAUUAUGUGAAGGUUAUGCGACUACCUGCGCAUGCGCGAUCUGAGGCUGAUUUCCCGUUGUUUACGCUUGAUCCUGAUGUUGCGACGCAGAAGGAGAUUACGCUUGCUACGGAGAUUCGGUCGAUUAUUCGCAGUUCGCCUGUUUGGAGGAAUUUGACUGCUAAUGCUGGGUUAGUUAGGAGGGAGGUUGGGGAAGGGAGGGGGAAGGGUAAGGGGAAGCAGACUUUGAAGGGGAAGAGUGUUGAGCCGGAACCGGAACGUGAGGUUGAGCCGGAGGCUGAGAAGGUUGAGGAGAGUGAGGGUGAAGAGGAGGAGAUUCAGCGUAGGGAGAUGUUGGCUGCUCAGGUUGCGGAUGCUGCUGCGGCUAGGGAUGCUGAUGAAGUUGAUGAAGAUGAUGAGGAUGAGAGUGAUGAAAUGGAUGAAGACGAGGAUGAGUAA